UGUUGGGAAACAGAUUGAGAGAAUUUGCGAAUAACAGCAGCGCGAAACAAUUCCUGCAGCCUGACGUUUGUUUAAUCGGGUAUUCUUUUUAGUAAGAAAUAUUUUUAAAAUGCACAGGCAAACAUGUAGCAAUUCGGUAAAUGUCGAUCGGUGUAUGCAGUUCAUCUCUUGCAGCAAUACAUGGGACGUAUGUGUUGUUAUCGGCUUUAUCGAAACUUCUUUCGUUAUUCACUGGGCUAUCGGAAUUGGGAUAAACAACCGGCAACGUUGGCGUUUGCUUAUUCUGACAUUUGUGAACGCUUUAUGGUUUGACAGACAACAGAGUAGUAUCCACUCAUCAUCCAUUCAACAAGUGUCUUCUUCAUUUCUGGCUAAAAUGAACGGAACUGUGCACUACGCUAUGGUGGCUUUGCGUCAGACAUCCGGUUGCAAGAUCAUUGCGGAUUAUUCCACGAAUCCAAAUCCGAUCUAUCGUACUAUCGCUCUCAGUACCAUCGAUGGUCUAAAAACCGUCGAGGACGACAAGAUCAGCGUCGAUAACAGUAGAUAUACGGUACAUGUGCUGAUUGGGGAACUUCACUAUGUUUGUUUGACAUCGAAAGUGAACUGCCCCUCAUCAGCGAUAUGGGUAGAAUCGUGCUCUCAAAUAUUUUUGCAGAGGCUACGGACGGUUUAUAAAGACUUACCGUUAGCAGAUUUAUCGAAAAAUUUAACCAAUCUCGCGGAAGAUGAGUUCUCAAAGCCAUUAAAGAAAAUAAUUGAAGAGUAUAAUCAAGGUAUUGGCUGUAAGAAUCUGACUUCAAAGUUAGAAGAAGAAUUGAUUGAAGUACGUCGCAUUUUGAUGAAUGGAGUCCAAAAGUUGAUUGAUAGGGGCGAAAGGUUAGACGAACUCAUCCGAAAGACGCAAAAUCUCGAAAUUUCGGCUUGGUUCCGCGGUAUCCUUACCCGCAAACAUCUUCGUAAACUUCGCGAAAAGGCGACGAUUCUGCAACGUCAAUGGCGCGGUUAUUAUAUCAGGAUGUUCAUCAUUAGACCGUAUUUAGUCGAACGUGUUCACCAGAUGUGGCAAGAUCAUUACAAUAACAUGGCAAUAAGAAUCCAAGCCGUAUGGAGAGGCUAUUGGUCUAGAAAAACAAAAAUGAAUCUUUUACAAUUACGACGAUGGUUGAAAAAUGUUUAUAUAAAGAACGAUGAAACUUUAGAAAACAUGAAAAGAUUUAGACAACGAGAGCUUGAGCGCACGGAAAGUUUGAUUGAACAAGAAGCAAUGCUUUGGAUUUUAUUUAUUUUGUUUAAGGUAAAAUAA